AAAUCGAAAGCCGAAAUAAACACACCUUAGGGCUUUACGUUAUCGCCGCCGUUCGCCGCCGCAAGAGUACAACCAUCUCCGCCGCGCGCGUUUGCAGAGAUGGCAGAAGAGGAUCCAAAGCCUCUGAACUACAUCCCUGAGGUUAUACUGAAGAAGAGGAAAAACAGCGAAGCAUGGGCCUUGCGGAAAAAGGAACAGCUCCAGCACAAACACUACCAAUCCAUCAAAAAGCCCGAAGAUUUCGUCCACGAGUAUCGCAACAAGGAGGUGGACCUUAUCAGAAUGAAGCGGAGAGUGAAGAGGAAUGUGCCUCACUGUAACUCCUCCACCGCCUUGAUAGUUAUUCGGAUACAGGGGAAAAAGGACAUGCAUCCUAAGACGAGGAAGGUGUUGUACAGCUUGGGGUUGAGGAAAAUUUUCAGUGCUGUAUUUGUGAAGCCUAGUGAGGGGAUAAUGGCCAAGCUGCAGAGGGUGGAGCCAUAUGUGACCUAUGGAUAUCCGAAUCUUAAAAGCAUAAAAGAGCUAAUUUACAAGAAAGGACUUGCGAGGCUGGAUAGGCGAAAAGUUCCCUUAACAGAUAAUAACAUUAUUGAGCAGGAAUUAGGAAAGUUUGGUAUUGUAUGCAUAGAAGACAUGGUGCAUCAGAUUUGUAAUGUUGGUCCACAUUUUAAGGAAGUUGUCAGUUUUAUGUGGCCCUUUGAGCUCAAGAAGCCAGCUGAAGGUUUGAAAGGAUCAAAAACUCUAUACAAAGACGGUGGAGACACGGGGAACCGUGAGGAUCACAUCAACGAACUAAUCAAUAAAAUGAAUUAAUAGUCAUUGUUGUAUCAAAAUUGCGAUGUUGUCUAUGAGGUCCAUCGGAUGAUUACUAGGUGCAAGUUUCUCAUUUUUGAAGUUACCAAUUUAUUAGCCAGAAAAUUUUGUUAUAGUUGAAUUUUUAUGUGUGUAUUAUCUUUAAGCUUUCAUUUACUGCCUUUGCUUCUCAUUGAGUUCCAUGGGGGAUAGCAGAAUGUGCCGUGGUGCUUGAGCCUGUGGAUUCUCGUUACAUUUUUAAUGUGAAGAAUUAUGAUUAGAGUCUCAA